CUAUGACAUCCGUUCCGCCCCAGUCUUCUCCAACUUCUACAGCGUAUCUCAACCCUCUCCACUCUCACCCAUAAACCAACACAACCAAACCAUUUGCCGCAUUCCAUCCAGCAAAAUGCAUAUCCCAACACACACAUACCGUGAAACCACCACCCAAAACCACACAAUCCGCAGUCCGCCCCUCGCAGCCCCAACCCCAGCAGUCCCAACGCAGAUAAUCACCCUCCCCAUCCGCGAAACCGCGACAAUCGAGGACCCGGCCUCGCCCGACGGGAAAAUUUGGAACCAGGCGCUUGAUGCCCUGCAGAAUUGGCAUGGCUUUCGCAGACUCUACUGGGGGCGACAUGUUGAGGAGGCAUGGAAGGUACAGGUUCUUGUUGCCCGGGAAACACUAAACCAGCACUACGCCUUCCUAUCCUCACCACAAUGGAAGGGCCUAACAUCCAUUCUCGCCCCUCUCCACCCUUCACAAUCACAACAAGAGCUAGAAAAACUGGUAUCAGUACACCACUGCGCUCUCCAGAACUUCACCACUAACCCCGCAACUAUCUCCUCUGCACCGGUAACCGGCACGGCCAUAUACCUCACGACCUCAGCGCCGGGGUGGGAAAAGACUUGGGCGCUGUGGACAACUCUCGUUCCCUCUGUGAAGGGUUGUCUGGGGUGUACGGGGGGCUGGAUUGCGGAGCCUGUUGAGGGAUACGAGGCUUAUGUGGUUUAUGUUGGGUGGGAGAGUAUCCAGGAUCAUGAUGAUUAUCACCAUACGAAGGACUUUGCAAGGAAGAGGGUGAUUUUGGGACAGCAUAAUGAUGGGUGGAGGGGGUAUGGGCAUGUGAGGUUUGUUGGGGGGAGGGAGGCUAAUGAAGGCCAAGGCGAGGGUGGAAAACGGGAGGGGAAGUUGUAGAUAGAUAAAUAUGACUAUGUUAGAGGGUUGUUUGUUUAUACUACUGCUAUCUUGAUCCAUUAUAAUGAGAUGGGUGUGUG